UACAAUAAGAGUUUUGAUAAGAAUUUUAAAAUUCCUGAUAAUAAUAUUGUUAAUGAUGAGGACAAAACCAAGACUAAGAUUUAUAUCGAUGAAGUUUCUGAUAAUCAAUGUGCAGUUAUAAAAAUAGACGGUAGUGAAUAUUGCAUUAUUUUUCAGAACAAUAGCAAGUCGAACUCUGAAUCAGUGGAAUUAAUAAUGUUGAGAAGAAGCGAUAGAGAUGAAAAAAAGUAUAAAGUAUAUUCCAUGGAAUAUGACAGCAAGGCCAGUGAUGACCAUUUAGAACUUCUUGAUACACAUAAUAUUUAUAGUGACGAUACCCCAAGUAUUUAUUAUGAUGACAAAUAUUUUCUUGUUACUGCUAAUCAUUCAUUGAUAUCGGAAUGGAUUCGUAUGAGACAGUAUUAUUAUGGCAAUUACAAUUACAAUUACAAACAAAAUUAUUACUUAAAAUCUAAUGAUUAUAUGGUUCUUAAUAAAAAAAGUAAUGCGGAAGAGGCUUUGAUGGUGGCUGAUUAUCAAAAUAAAAAUACGGAAUGCAAAAAAUCGUUUUUGUUACACGAGCUGUUCUAUACUAGUAUGAAAAAAAAUUAUUCAGUAUUUCCAAACGAAGAAGAAAAGGUCGUCGAGAAUUAA